CCCUUUGGGGGGACCUGCAGGCCCCGAGUGCAACUUACGGCCUGGACACGAUGCACCCCACCAGGCGCAGUCUCCCGUUCCCCCUGAACUGUCAGCUCGUGAGGGUUGGAACUGCUGAUUAUGGCGGUGCCCCUGAUCAGAGUGAUCAGCAGCUGGACUGUGCCUUGGACUUAAUGAGGCGUCUGCCUCCCCAGCAAAUCGAGAAAAACCUCAGCGACCUGAUCGACCUGGUCCCCAGUCUAUGUGAAGAUCUCCUGUCUUCUGUUGACCAGCCCCUGAAAAUCGCCAGGGACAAGGUGGUGGGAAAGGAUUACCUUUUGUGUGACUACAACAGAGACGGGGACUCCUAUAGAUCACCAUGGAGUAACAAGUAUGACCCUCCCUUGGAAGAUGGGGCCAUGCCUUCCGCUCGGCUGAGAAAGCUGGAGGUGGAAGCCAACAAUGCCUUUGACCAGUAUCGAGACCUGUAUUUUGAAGGCGGCGUCUCAUCUGUCUACCUCUGGGAUCUGGAUCAUGGCUUUGCUGGAGUGAUCCUCAUAAAGAAGGCUGGAGAUGGAUCAAAGAAGAUCAAGGGCUGCUGGGAUUCCAUCCACGUGGUGGAAGUGCAGGAGAAAUCCAGUGGUCGCACCGCCCACUACAAGCUGACCUCCACGGUGAUGCUGUGGCUUCAGACCAACAAAUCCGGCUCUGGCACCAUGAACCUCGGAGGCAGCCUCACCAGACAGAUGGAGAAAGAUGAAACCGUGAGUGACUGCUCCCCACACAUAGCCAAUAUCGGGCGCCUGGUAGAGGACAUGGAAAAUAAAAUCAGAAGUACGCUGAAUGAGAUCUACUUUGGAAAAACAAAGGACAUCGUCAACGGGCUGAGGUCUGUGCAGACUUUUGCAGACAAAUCAAAACAAGAAGCUCUUAAGAACGACCUGGUGGAGGCUUUGAAGAGAAAGCAGCAAUGUUAAGUCCCCGCUUCAUGCUCACCGGGCACCGUGCGCGCAUUAGAGUCCUUUCUUAGAAAACUCGUUUUCUGCUCCCUGCCCUCGAUCCUGCCCUCCCGACAGGUCACGUAACAACUCGCAUCACGACGCACCGUGCCCGCUCUCCCGAGAAUAAAGCC